AUGCUUCACUAUGCAGAAAAGAAUGACUCGUUCUGGUACAUGCCACGUCGCUAUUACUCCGUUGACCGUCGCGUGGCACCCAAGACAAUCCUGAGACUCGUUGUCAUCGAUGCUUGUGACUUGGUCUGCGGCCGCAGGCCUCGCGACAUUCGAUGCACCGAACGAAUGAUCGAGCAGACUUUUGUAGCGACGAGACAGUUGCAGUACGAGUGGCUUGAGCAAACGCUGAGCGCUGGUAAGCAAGUCGGCGUGGACCAAAUGUGGACGAUCGUUAUGGGCCAUUGGGGCGUGUACACCUUCGCAGGUAACGCCGACACGCCCGAGUUGAUCAAGAUGCUUGAUCCGAUGCUGAAGAAGUACAGCGUACACGCGUACUUCAACGGCCACGACCACUCCAUGCAGCACAUCCGCAAGGUGGACAGUACCAGCUCGUCUGUCCGCAACUACUUUGUCUCUGGUGCUGGUGGCUACGAAACCCACGACCUCCAGCCCGACGCUCGUGCAAACCCCGACGUGGUGCACGCAGCCAUGACAUAUGGAUCCGUGGCCGUCCACGUAACCAGCACGACUUUGCGUGUUCAAUUCGUCGGCAAUACGAGCGACAUCCUCUACACCACCGACAUACGAAACAAGUAG